AUGAUUGCACAACUCAUCCUUGCCUUGCUUCCAGUCGCUCUCGCUCAAGAUGACACUGCUGAGCAAUUGAAUGCCAUUGUGUCUGACUUGGCCCAGCACAGUUCUGAAUACCUCCAACAAGUUGCCAGUGGAAACAUCCCACCAGCUGAGUUGUUGUCCUUGGCUCAACAGGUUCAGACCUACACCGAUGACUCUUACACAACUUUGUAUUCCGAGGUUGACAUGGGUGAGGUUACCUCAUACGUGACUGGUUUGCCAUGGUACUCAUCUCGUUUGGAGACUUACUUUGGUGCUGACGCUGCCGUUGCCACUGACGAUGAGUCUGCUUCUGCUUCUGCUUCCGAGUCUGCCUCUGCCUCUGCUUCUGGUUCCGAGUCUGAGUCUGCCUCUGCUUCUGCUUCUGGUUCCGAGUCUGAGUCUGCUUCUGCUUCUGCUUCUGGUUCCGAGUCUGAGUCUGAGUCUGCUUCUGCUUCUGCUUCUGGCUCUGAGUCUGCUUCCGAAUCUGCAGCCUCUGAAUCUGAGUCCGCUUCUGGCUCUGCCUCUGGUACCAGCACCAGUGCCUCCGAGUCCGCUUCUGCCACCUCCACUUCCACUGCUAACGAGGCCAUGAUGAUCAAUGCAUUGGGCCCAUUCGCUUUGGCUGCCAUGUUGGUCCCAGCCUUGUUGUAA